CCCCGUUCAAUAUGUUCAUCUUCAGGACGAGCGGGCGGUGCAUAAAUCGGUAUGUUUCCCUGGCACCUCUACUUAGCCCAUUCGCGUUGCUCUGAAGGAGUCUUCCAUAGCGGACUGUCUCACUUGCCACUCAGGCUUGCACAUGGUUCACAUACGUCUGCAGUACCCAACACUGCGCCGAAUCUGAGGCGGCUGUUAUCUUCAGCCCCGACCGUUGCGAGCCUGGAAGCGCGACACUCCGAGGAUCGUGGACCAGCCGCAAUUUUUUCUAGACCAUUCUUUCCCGGUCGCGCGUCGGGUAGCCUCGGUGCAGCCUAUAGGGGUGCAUCCCUCACCAGGUUUCCGCCCCUGGCCAGCGACCCACUGCCUGCCGAUCAAUCAAAUUGUUCUAGUACGCUAGCCUCAUAAAACGAGGUGGCUUAUCUCUGCGCUUUCUCUUAGCUCUCGACGUCGCCCUCGGUGCCUACUACUUCGGCGCUCACCGACUCGUCAACUAUGGCUCCCAGUCUCCAUGCAAAAUCUCGCCCGUCAUCGCCCCAUUCGCGGCACUCCUCGCGCAGGUCCUCUGCGGUACCCCAGGAACAGCACCGCGAUUUUGUCUAUGCUCACGGCUCGAAGCUCCACGCAUACAGCAAAGGGAGUGCGUCUUACCCAUUCUCAUACAACAGAGAAGUGAUGGAGCUAAAUAUGUUGGAUCGCGCUCUCGUCUACAGGACGAAAUCCGGAUGCACAUUCACGGAGUACAAAGAAAAUACGCCGAAGCGAUGCCUUGACCUCGGGUGCGGGACCGGAAGCUGGGCCGUCGAUGCUGCCAAGUUGUGGAAGGAUUGCACGUUCGUCGGUUUCGACCUUGUGGAUAUCCAAUUCAACCUUGAGUAUGUUGAACCGUCAGUAGCGAAGCGUAUACAAUGGAUGCACGGAAACUUCUUCGAUCAGUUACCCUUUGAAGACAAUGAAUUCGAUCACGUUCACCUUUUCACAAUUGCGCUUGCAGUCCCAGAAGAUAAAUGGCACCAUCUGUUUGGCGAAAUCAACCGCAUCCUGAAACCCGGCGGACAUGUUGAACAAACCGAAGAAGAUGCUAGGUUUCCAACAUUGCCGCGAUGGUUCACUCGGCCACUCCAUAAUGCGGUGAAACGGGCCUCACACAAAAACAAUGCAGAAAUUAUGUCACCUAUGAAGUACUACGAGAUCCCUAUGGAUCUGCCCCACGACCAUGCGCUUUUGGAACAGCUGUUCUACUCGGUAUUUGAGAGCCGAUUCAUUAACCCAAAACCUAGCUCUAUCUUGCCUAGCUACUUCUCCGCCACAUUUAAGCAUGUUGUUUCACCGCCAAUUCUAUAUUUCCCGAUGCCUCCGCUUGCGCCUUUACCGCCAUUCCCGCGCGAAACGAUUUUACCCUCACGAGCCGCAAUGCCUCCUACAGCGCACCUCGACACCGGUCAGUUGUCACAAAACUCGAGUGUCUCGCCAAGUCCGCUCUCCGCGUCGACCACGUUGGCGCACCUAAGCUUCGGCACACGAACAUCGGAGGCGACCUCAGUAUCAUCCUCAUCAGGGCCACCAUCAGCAUCUCAACUUCCUGGCCUCGAACGCAUCGACUUGGUUUCGACCGUAGGCUCGAGCGAAGAGUCAGUCCACUCUAAGACCGGGUCCUUGCUGCCAACUUUGCUGCCUAUCGAGAAGCGUACGAGCUAUUCGGCAUGGAAGCUCUUGCGGAGCUCGACGAGCACACGUUGUUCCUCCAUCUUCGGCGCGCCGUCGGGUUCGUCUAUGCCGCUAAGGAGGCUAUGUGGGAUGAACUGAAGGCACUCAUUGCACAAGGGCCAAGCGCAUUGGCAUCGUACGGCUGGGAGGAGGGUGAAUAUACCGAAGAAGCGAGCCGCGAGCGGCUCGACGCAAUGUUCGAGAGAUACAAAGCGGAUAUACAUGCAAGAGUGGCAUUGUGGCAUCCAAUGAUGCAGUAUGGUUGGACAUAUCCUAGACAGGAUCCCAUGACAGAGACUGAAAUGGCAGAUUAGGAGCAGCUGAGGAGAUCUAUUCUGGAGGCCAGGACACUAGCUAAAGAGGAAGAUAUCCAGCCAACACUUUGUGUCAUUAGAUUGCUUGUA